CAGUAGAACAGAGCCAGACACGGAGCGACAAGCAUCAGAAAGAGAGAGCGAGAGGGCUUUAAUUAAGAGCAGCCGACUCGAGCACUUCCUUAAACAUUACUGAAGAUUUUGAAGUCGUAUCUCCGGGGGACAAAGAAAGAAAAAUAACGUGCUUCAGAAAGUAAAUAAUCCAAGCCGGGUACAAUCUCACGACCAACGGGAGUGUUUGCAGCUCGGCGGAAGAGGAGGCUUAGGUGAGCGGUCACCAUGGCACCCUUCCUGCGUAUUGCUUUCAAUGCUUAUGAUGUGGGCGUGCUGCCUCCUCUGUCCGACCCUCCCAUCUGCGCUAUCAAGAUGAAGGAGUCUGUCAACACAGAGCGAGGGAAGACUUUGGUUCAGAGAAAGCCCACCAUGUAUCCAGCAUGGAAGUCCACAUUUGAUGCUCACAUCUAUGAGGGGCGUGUCCUGGAAGUGGUCCUCAUGAAGAGCACCGAGGAGCCGUUGGCCAAGGCCACGAUGGGUGUGUCUGUACUGGCAGAACGCUGUAAGUCUAAGAGCAACGGUCGCACUGAGUUCUGGGUGGACCUUCAUCCUUCAGGGAAGAUCCAGAUGGCUGUACAGUUCUUCCUGGAGGACAGUGAUGCAGUGCUGUGUAAGCCUUCGAUGAAGGUUAUUCCCGAGGAUGGAGUCACGACCCUCAACAGGAGAAGAGGAGCCUUUAAGCAGCCCAGGGUUCACUUAAUCAAGAACCACGAGUUCACGGCCACCUUCUUUGGCCAGCCCACCUUCUGCUCUGUCUGCAGAGAGUUCCUGUGGGGGCUCAACAAGCAAGGUUACAAGUGCAGACAAUGCAAUGCGGCAAUCCACAAGAAAUGCAUCGAAAAAAUCAUUGGCAGGUGCACUGGAACAGCAGCCAACAGUCGUGACACUGUGUUCCAGAAAGAGCGCUUCAAGAUUGAUAUGCCACAUCGCUUCAAGUACUACAACUACAAGAGCCCCACAUUCUGUGACCACUGUGGCAGUCUGCUAUGGGGUCUCUACAGACAGGGCCUCAAAUGUGAAGAGUGUGGCAUGAAUGUACACAGUUACUGUCAAGGCAAAGUGGCCAAUCUGUGUGGAAUUAACCAGAAACUGCUGGCGGAGGCUCUGUCUCAAGUCUCCCAGAAAUCUAUGAAGAAGUCUGAUGACUUCAAUGCAGCCGACAUUGGGGUCUACCAAGAUAUCCGCAGUGCAACAGCAGACCCUAGUGCAGGUGGCAACAGCAAGACACAUGAAGGCUUGAGCCCAGCCCCAGGAGCUCCUACAGCUCCCCGGCUACGCCUCACCAUCAAAGACCUGGUUCUCCACAAGGUGCUGGGAAAAGGCAGCUUUGGCAAGGUGCUGCUGGCGGAGCUGAAGGGACAGGGACAGUACUUUGCUGUCAAGGUUCUGAAGAAGGAUGUUGUUCUCAUGGAUGAUGAUGUGGAGUGCACCAUGGUUGAGAAGAGAGUCCUGGCCCUGGCCUGGGAGAACCCCUUCCUCACACAUCUCUACUCCACAUUCCAGUCUAAAGAGCACCUCUUUUUUGUCAUGGAGUACCUGAAUGGAGGCGACUUGAUGUUCCACAUUCAAGACAAAGGCCGCUUCGAUCUCAACAGAGCCACGUUCUAUGCUGCUGAGAUAAUAGUGGGACUGCAGUUCCUCCACUCAAAAGGAAUUAUCUACAGAGACCUGAAGCUGGACAAUGUGAUGCUGGACAAGGAUGGACACAUAAAGAUAGCAGACUUUGGCAUGUGCAAAGAGAAUGUGUUUGGAGAGGCCAGAGCUACCACAUUUUGUGGGACACCAGACUACAUUGCACCAGAGAUCCUGCUGGGACAGAAGUACACCUUCUCGGUAGACUGGUGGUCUUUCGGAGUGCUGGUGUACGAGAUGCUGAUUGGUCAGUCGCCCUUCCAAGGUGACGAUGAGGAUGAGCUGUUUGAGUCCAUUAGGUCGGACACCCCUCACUACCCUCGGUGGAUCACCAAGGAGGCCAAGAGCCUGCUCGAGCUGGUGACUGUUACAUAUGUUAUCAGACACACUUACAGCUUCUCCAUCACACACACACACACACGGUUGGCUUUCAGUGCAUUCGUUCUUCCUUAUCACAACAUGAGGGGGGGAGUUGUUUUCGUAAUCGAAAUGUCUUCUUUCCAUCCAUCAUUUUUCCAGCUGUUUGAGCGAGAUCCCAGCCGCAGGUUGGGUGUGGUAGGAGACAUUCGUGCACACCCAUUUUUCAGAAUCAUCAACUGGCCAGCACUGGAGAAGAAAGAAGUGGAUCCUCCUUUUAAGCCCAAAGUGAAAUCUCCCAACGACUGUAGCAACUUUGACCGAGAGUUCCUGAGCGAGAAGCCACGGCUCUCCCACGCGGACAAGAACCUCAUUGACUCCAUGGACCAGGCAGCAUUUGCUGGCUUUUCCUUCAUCAACCCCAGACUGGAACAGAUGAUCAGCAAAUGAAAAAAAAAAAAAAAAGAAGA